AGCGGAGCGGGUGGCCGCGGGCGGGGCUCCUCUCCGGCGGGUGCCGGAGUCUGGGGGCCUCGGCUUCCCCCUCCCCGCCCGCCGAGGCACUGGCCCCUCCUUCCCCCGCCGCCCCCGUACCCGCCGCUACUGCCGCUGUCAAAGAUAAACCGGGCCAUUGCUUGCAGGAGCCCUGGCAGCAGGCGAUCGGGCGGUGAGGAGCCUCGGGCGCGGCCUCGCCUCCCCGGCCCGGCUCCCGCAUCAGCACCGUGGACAGCACAGACCCUCUCUCCGGGACCCUGCUGUCCGCAGGAGCUCGUCUCGGGCUUCGGCGAUCUCAUCAGCACCGCGGACAGCACCCGGGCCCUUGCGGGCCUCGGCCAGCCCACCAGCUCUCCAAGUCAGCACCGCGGACAGCCCCCCUGGGCCAGCCCUGAGGCCGCCUAGGAGUGGUCAGUACCCUCUGAAGAUGGCCACUGAGGUCCACAAUCUUCAGGAGCUCCGGCGAAGCGCAUCACUGGCCACUAAGGUCUUUAUCCAGAGAGACUACAGUGAUGGUACCAUCUGUCAGUUCCAGACCAAAUUCCCCCCAGAGCUGGAUAGCCGGAUUGAGCGGCAGCUCUUUGAAGAGACCGUGAAGACCCUCAAUGGUUUUUAUGCGGAGGCUGAGAAGAUCGGGGGCAGCUCCUACCUGGAGGGCUGCCUGGCCUGUGCGACAGCCUACUUCAUCUUCCUCUGCAUGGAGACCCACUAUGAGAAGGUUCUCAAGAAGAUUUCCCGUUACAUCCAGGAACAGAACGAGAAGGUCUUUGCUCCUCGAGGGCUCCUGCUCACGGAUCCUGUGGAACGUGGGAUGAGGGUUAUCGAGAUCUCCAUCUAUGAGGACCGGUGCAGCAGCGGCAGUUCGAGCAGCGGCAGCAGUAGCGGCAGCGGCAGCAGCAGCGCCGGCGGGGGUGGGGCGGGGGCCCGGUGACUGGCCGAGAGUCCCCGCAGGGAGGUGUACGGCCGGAGCGAGGGGCUGGCAGAUCUCCGGAGGCUGCGUUACCAGAGCACCCGCUUCUGAGUCUUUCUCUGGGCCCACCUUGCCGUGUGGCGCCGGAGGGAGGGUGACUACCCGCUGUUCCGUGUCCCCAGUCCUUUGUCCCUUGGCGGGAUCUUCCUC